AGUGAACCAAACAACCACAUUUUCUCCGAACUCAAUUUUUGUGUUUCUCUAGAAUCUUAGUUUCCCCACCUCGUCCCUUCCGCCCCAUACAAAACAAAACCCAAGGCCUCAAAAUUCCCAGAUAGCAUCAACCAUUGAAGCUUUUGGUUCUCCGCUCCACGACGUCGUUGCAACACUUGGAGAAGUUCGGACUUGUUGCUGAAAUUUGAAGGUGAAUAAUAAGGAUCGAAAAGCUUCUGUUGCCUGGAUUUUAUUUUGUCUGUUGCUUCAGGGUGGGAAAAUUUCGGGGAAGAGGACGAGAGUUUGGUAAAAGUGCCUGAAGAUGAGCCAAUCGGAUCAAGGGAACACCCCUGAUGGCUCGUCAAGUAUCCCCAUGAAGCGAAAACGUGGCCGUCCACGGAAAUAUCCCAAACUAGAUCUGAAAGAGAAUGCUCAUGUGAGAAAUGCUCCAAAUCUGAACUCGGGGGAAAAUGCUGGUACUGGUUUUCCUUCUGCUCCUCCUGGAUUUCUAGGGAGGAAUGGAUACCAGCCCCAUCAUGGAGCUCCCAGUAAUGGUGCAGCUGAUGUCAUGGUCGGAACAGUAGUUUCAGGUGUCAUUGAUGCAACAUUUGAUGGAGGAUAUCUACUUAGUGUUAGGGUUGGCAACUCUGCCACCACUAUGAGGGGUGUUAUCUUCAAGCCUGGACAUUACGUUCCUGUUUCAGCAGAGAAUGACGUGGCCCCAGAUGUUCAAAUGAUAAGGCGAAAUGUGAUUCCAAUUCCAGCUGAGAUCUCUCAUUUCCAUGGUUCGAGUCCUCGUUCUAGAGAUGCCAUUCGGUCUGUUAAUCAUGUAGCAUCAAAACGCAAACAUAUGGUUCCAGUGGCACCCCAAACUGCUAGCCCACUACUGUCCAGAGGCAACUUGUUGCCUGUUAUACUGCAACCUCGAAAUUUAUCCGAAGGGGUACCACUCACUGGUUUAUCAAAUUCUGUUGCACCAGGGGAUCCUCCUACCAAUGCGCCAAUACGCACCAUCUGGGUGCCACUCACCAAUGAAGUUGUAAACCAAUCUUCAGAUCUGGCAACUUCAAAAGUUAAGCAGGUUCCAUCAGUUCCUCCAUCAAAUGGGUCGAUAUCUACCAACCAGAUUCCAAGGGUUGGAAAUCAAUCAUUGGUCUUCGAAGGUGGACAAAAUGAGAAUGGUACGUGUAAUCAACCAUCAACAGAGACGCUGAAGGCAGAAGCCAAAUCACCGAGACUCCCAAAUAUACCUUUUGAAAAAUUGGUUACCGAGGUAGUUAAGAGGAUUGAUACACCCUCACAAGCCCCUGCACAUGCCCCCUCACAUUCAACUGAGAUGAACAUUGAGGGUAGCAAGUCAACUGGCAGUGAGCUGGAGAACGAUAUGGAACAGCCUUUAGUUAUUGAGCCUCUGCAAUCCAUACAGCCUAAAGACUACUCUAUACCACAUUCAAAACCACCGGAGGACGAUAGAAAUGGAAAAAUGUCUGAGCUGUUGCAGGUUUUGCAGGAAAGCAUGAGGGAAAGCGAGUCAACCACAGAUUCGAGAGCGAAGAUGGAUGAACCAAGCUAGACUGUGCUCGGAAAUGAAGUAUCCGAUGUUUCAAGAAAACCUUCCGAGGCAUGAAAUGUUUAAUUUUAUGGUUGCCACCUUGUAUGGAUAUUGUGUACAUGCUUUGGUGAUGGACAUCAGGUCUUUGCAUGAUGUGGUAAUCAUACCUGUAUGCGGAGUGAUUGUGUUUUUAAACAAAGGAUGUUUGAUAUUAAGUACAUAGAAGGUUGUUUUCUUAAAAUAGUUGCAGUAGAAGAUUUGUCUUUACCCGUUUUGUAGUUUAUUUGAGAGUUAUAACUUCUUGGAUAUGUUUACUUACCUGCUCUAGUACUGUCAAAUUUCCCCAAGACAUAGGGAAAAAAAGUCAACAGGCUUGGAACAAAAGUUGUAUGGUGCUUUGGAAUAUAAAGAUAUUUUGGUUU